UGAGUUUUUGUUCUUUCCGUGUAAAAGUAAAUUUGAUUAUACGAUAAUGAAUAGCUCCAAUAAUCGUAAAAAUCAUUGCAAUAAUUUAUUAUUUGUUUAUGCUAUUUCGACAGUAUUUUUUACUGUAAGCUUUUUUUUAUUUGGUUUUUUUCCAUUAAACUCUUUAAAAGAUAAUGAUAAAUUAGCAUCUAUGAAUGAUUUACCAAAAUCUAUCAACAAAACUUUGUUGAAUUCGAAUAUUUUGUACAAGCCGCUAGUCAAAAAAAUUGUCAUUAUGAUUAUUGAUUCAUUAAGAUGGGAUUUUGUUUCUACUAAAAGCGAUAGAAUACAUAAUACAAUGAUUUUUACAAAUCGACUAUUGGAAAAAAACUUUGGAAGAUUGCUCCAAGUUAAAGUCAACAACCCAACCGUAACAAUGCCAAGAAUAAAGGCCAUAACAACAGGGAGUGUUUCUAAUUAUAUAGAUGUUAUUUUAAAUCUUGGCGAAACACGAGUAUCCAGUGAUAAUAUAUUAUUACAAGCUAAAAAUCAUGGCCACAAAUUGAUAUUUUAUGGUGAUGAUACGUGGUUACAAAUGUUUACUAAUAUAUUUCAUCGUUCUGAGGGAACUAGCUCAUUUUUCGUAAAUGAUUUUGUGCAAGUAGAUAAUAAUGUUACUCGUAACAUUUAUAGUGAAUUGGAAAAUAAUAAUGAUUGGUCAAUAAUGAUUCUUCAUUAUUUGGGGCUCGAUCAUAUUGGUCACGUUUAUGGCCCUAAAAGUCCAUUAAUUCAAUCAAAACUUGAAGAAAUGGAUAAAAUUAUUGAGGAUAUAUCAUCUAAAGUAAUCGAAUGGAAUAAACAAAAUGUUGAAUCUUUAUUUAUUAUUUGCGGUGAUCAUGGUAUGAAAAAUUCUGGAGGACAUGGUGGAGCAACUCCUGAAGAAACUUUGGUUCCUUUGAUAAUUAUUGGCGGAAAUUACAAUGAAAAUCAUAAUAAUUUAAACUACAAAAUGAUAAAUCAAAUUGAUCAAAUUGAUAUAACGACGACUUUAGCUGUUAUACUGGGACUACCUUUACCAUAUUUAAAUAUUGGAGUCGUAUCUUUAAAUAUGAUCAAUUAUAAUCUAUCAUCGGCUCAAAAACUUUAUAUUCUUUAUUAUAAUGGUAGACAAGUACUCAAUCAUUUUAAAAAAUUAUCAAACUUUCAUUCGAAACAAUGUUAUUUGAAUUAUUUAAAAGCCGUCAAGUUACAUAAUGAAUGGAUUAAUUCUUCCAACAAUGAAAGUAAUUUUGAUAAUACUGUUUCCGAGAAAAUUAUUACAUUAUACCUCGAGUCUUUAAAAGAUAUGAAAAAUUUACUAGUUCAAAGUAUCAUUCAAUACAAUAUUUCAUUAAUAACUAUAGCCAUUGUAUUAACAAUUCAAGUUUUUUUCAUCAUUAUUAAUUUUAAUAAUUCGAUCAAUAAAGUAUUUCUAUUAAAAAAGUUUUUUUACUAUUGGUCAUUUUCAGUCGCAUCAUGGUUUUCAUUAAAUUAUAUACUCAUCAAUUUUAUAAAUGAUAUUGAAAAUUCUUUAAAAUUUAACGACUUACCAAUAGCUUUUAUUUUAAUUAUUUUUAUACUAUUUAAUUUAAAUGUUUAUUUAAUGUGUACAAGAACCGUUUUCCCAUUUAAAUUAUCAAUAUUUUGGACUAGUAGUAAAUUUUCAUGUUCAUUUUCAAUUUUUAUGCUAUAUUUGGCUGUUGGGCUGCAUGCUGCAAGUUUAGGUAGCAGUAGUUUUAUUGAAGAAGAACAUCAAACAUGGUAUUUUUACUGGACAACAUCCCUUGUAAUUAUACUAAUUUAUUGUAUCAAACAAAGGUCAAAAAAUAUUACAAAAGAAAAUAGCAACAAUAUAAAAAUUAUAUUUUUGCUUAUUUUACAUCGAUUUUUGAGAAAAUUGAAUAGUACUGGAAAUAAAUAUGCUAAUUUACCCGACAUUUCUGGAUGGUUGAAAGAAUCUAAAUAUUCUGAUAUUUACAUGACCUUAUUCGUAAUAAUUGCUCUUGGAUUAAUUCUCUAUGUUCUACUAUUUAUAGUUAAAAAUGAUGAAAAAAAUAAAUUGAAGCAGAAAAAAGAUAAGUUACUUUUUUAUUCUUUCACAUUGCUCUGUAUAUAUUUACGUCAUGCAUCAGAAAAAAACAUCUAUACAUUGCCUUUUUAUCCUCAAUCUAGAGGUAUACGCGAAGUUGAAAUAUUUUGGGUUGUUUGUACAUUCUAUUUAAUAUAUUCUAUAAAAAAUAUUAUUUUUUAUCCAAAAAAUACUUACAAAAUUCUAAUAAAUCAAUUGUUCUAUUUGUCAUUACAAUAUUGGAUUAUUAUAUCGGCCAUACUACACCGACCUUAUAACAUAAUAUUGUUACCAAUUCAAUUAAUAACUCAAAUUAUUAUCAGUAAUUUUUUAAUAAAUACUACAGAUAAUCUAAAGGUUUUAACAUUUACAAGUUAUUGUAUAGGCAAUGUUUUUUAUUUUUACCAGGGUAACUCCAAUAGUUUGGCAACUAUUGAUGUCGCUGCAAGUUGUGUUGGUUUAGAAACUUACAGAAUUUACAUUGCUGCGUUAUUUAUAUGUAUAAAUACAUUUUCAUCACCUGUUUUAGCUUACUUAAUAUUAGUAUUUAAAAUUACAUUGGAUGAUACUUCAAAUACGAUAGAAUUCUUCCAAAAAGUACAUUUCGUUAAUCGUCAAUAUGCAAUAUUUAAAUUAUUUUCGUUUAUAACAUACACAAUCAUAAUAAGUAUUGAAAGACAUCAUUUGUUUGUAUGGUCAGUUUUUGCUCCAAAGUUAUUGUACGAAACGGCGCACUGUGUUGUAAUUUUUUCUAUCAUAUAUUUUGUUGAAAUUGCCAUUAUAAUAACUUGGCUUAUUGAAAAUAAUGGUGGUAAUAAUAACAAUACUGAUAAUGCUUGGGUAAAUGAAAGUGUUACAAUACAACACAACCAAAAU